UCAAUAACAAUCAACUGUCAAGACGCGUAGCCAGUUCAACAGUUUUGUUUUGAUUACAAUCUAAAAUCUAAUUACCGUACAUUAUCCAAAUAAACAAAUUAAAUGAUAUAAAAGUGUAAUAAUAGGAGGACCCAGUUCCUUCAAUUUAAUGAUUCUUCAUUGUUAACUAACCGGUGCCACAAAAUUAUAAACAUGAGUGAAGGAUACUUUAAUUUGAAACAAAAAUUGGAAGAUCUUGGAUACAAUUAUUCACUGCCAAUAGAGGCAGUGCCAUUGGUAGAAUGUAUCGUUGCGGAUUUGCUGCAGACUACGCGUAGUUUACAACACUACAUGGAUUUAUCUAAAGAUGCCCUAAUACAGCGCGAUAAACUAAUGAUGGAAGCGGAACCAUAUAAAUGUGACAACGCUAAGUUAAUUCGUGAAAAUAAUUCAUUGCAUAAUGAAAUUUUAACACUCAAAGAAGAAAAUAUGAGACUGUCAAAAGAAUCAAAGAGAAAAAAUAAAUGUAUGACAGAUGAAAUAAUGAAAAAAGAUGUAUUGAUUAGCAAACUUCAACACGAUAUUAGAGAUUUAAGCUUAAGAGGAUUGUGUGCUGGCACUCAGAGUAGUCGCAAUAAAAGUAGAAGAAAAGAUGAUGAAUCAACAGCUGUUAGCAAAAUUUGUAUUUGCAGUAGUCAGAGUAAUAAUGACUUAGGUAAGGAUACAUUUGAACUUUCGAAAACGAUUCAGAUAUUGAAAGAUAAAAAUGAUACUUUAGUAGAUGAAAUAACAUUGCUUAAAAGUAAAGUUGAGCACAGGGAUGACGAAAUUUUGAGACUUAAUAUGAUGUUAGAAGGUGGUAGACCAGUAACAGCUUUAAAUCAAGAUUUUUAUGGUAACAACCCUGAUCACACUGAACAAGCAAUAGUCCAACAUCUUAAGAAAAUCCAAAUAGAAAAUGAUGCAUUGAAAAAAGAAAUUCACAACGGCUUAAGCAAGCAGCAUGAAGCAAUGUUGCGUGCUUUGAGUCUAGCUGAAAAGAACAGAAGUUUAGAAGAGGAAUUACAAAAAGUUGACAGACUGGCAUUGCAAGUUGAAGAGGAAUGUAAUAAAAAAUUGUCAUCCUUAACAAACGAAGUUAAUUAUUUGCAAACAAGAUUAGAGAGUUUACGUUUAAAAAAUUCUGAAUUACAAAGAGAACUUUCGGAAUACCAUAGGAAAGAUAAAUCACCUCAGUCAUGUUAUACACAAGAAUCUUUAAAUUUGGCUCUCAAAGAAAGAGAUAUAUUACAAAAAGAAAUAAAAGAUCUUAUAGACAUCAAUAAAAAUCUUCAAAAUAAAAUUGGAUCUUUGUCCCAAUUUAAUAAAACUUACCAUGACAAAAUAUUUAUGGAUAACCAACAUAAUGGAUCUAAAUGCCUUCAAAAGGAGGAAUUACAAAAACUUUUACUUGAAGAAAGAGUUAAAUAUGAAAAGUAUAUGAUAGAUAUCCAAGAGAAAUUAUCAGAAGCAUUAAAUGUUUUCAAUAAACAUGUACAUAAUGGUUUUGGAAAAAAACCUCAACAAGAUAUUUCUCCGGAUAAUACAUUUAUAAGAGAUUUACACAAUAGAUUGUGUGAAAGUGAGCAGAAAAUUCUUAUGUUAAAACAAGAAAAUAGUGAUCUUAAACAAAACGCAGUCCAACAGGAUGAUAAUAAUAGAGAAAAUCUUAAAGAUGUUAUAAAACAACUAAACAUGGAAAAUACUCAACUAACAAAAGAAAAUAUCACUCUUUGCCAACAACUUAGUCAGCACAGAAUCAUGAACUCAGUACAAACAAAUCCAGAUGAAUCUAAUUUAAAAGAAUUGACUAAGCUAAGAGAUAAAAACGAGUCCUUAACAAGAGAACUUAAUUACCUUAAAAAGGACCAACAAGAAUAUCAAUUGAGGUAUAAAGAAACAGCAGAUUUAGUUGAAAAAUUAAAAAGAGAUUUAGCUGUAAAACAAAAACAGAUGGAACAAUUAGAGGAAGAAAAUUAUUCAUACAAAAUGACUAACAGAACUGGUAAAGCCUCUGUGGAGCAGUUAAGAGAUGAAUGUAACUUUCUUAGGGAGCAAAUAAAGACAAUGCAAACAGAUGUAAUAAAAGAGAAAACAAUAGCAAGUCAGAUUAAAAAUAUACAAAUUGAAACGGAAAGAAACAGUUCUGAAGUUCAAAAUGAAUUAUUAAAUGUUCAGAAAAGACUUAGCUUAUCAAAAGAUCAGAUCAGUUCGUUAGAAAAAAAAUGUAAGGAGUUACAAUCUGAAAUAAAUUCAUUACAAAUUGAUAAAACAAAUUUAAUUGAAAAUAUUAAAUCCAUUGAUAGGGAAAGAGAUAAAUUAGUCAUAGAAUUAGAUAACAAAACUGAAAGAAUAAGUAACUUGGAUGAGAAAGUUAAAAGUCAAGCAUACGAAAUAAGCAAGUUAGAUAAAGAAAAUGGCGAUUUAAAAAGAAAAUUGAAUAUACAAAAAUCAACUGAACACAAACUAGCUGAUUAUGAAUCACAGAUUAUGUUUUUAAAUGAUGAGAUAUCAAGGCUCACUCAACAAAAUGAUACAGCUAUAAUGGAAAAUAAACGCUUACAAAACAAUUUAGGCGAUGCAAAUGGUGCCCUGAAAUUAACGAAAUUAGAAUUGGAAAAAACCAAAAAGGAAGUUGAUAGUCUAAAGCAACAAUUACAGCAUUACGUUGCAGAGGUCAGAAGAAUCGAAGAACUCUUGUCACAGAAAGAAGCGGAAAGAUCAGACAUGCUCGAACAAUUUGCUAGUUUAUCUGUAGAAGCAAAUAUUUUAGAAAACACUAAUCAUUCGUUAGAAAGUGAAUCAGCCUCCAAGUCGAUACAAUUACAAAGUUAUGUUAAUAGAAUUCAAAACUUGGAAUCCAAACUCAUUGACAAAGAAAACAUAAUUGACAGUCAAUCUGCACAAAUAGCAGCUAUGACUUGUAAAGUAAAUGCUUUAGAGAAUGAAAUAAAGCUUAUUUCAGAUGAAAAGAAGAUUCUAGAACAAAAUAUAUCAUACAUGAAACAAAUGUGUAAUCACAUGCAAAUGGAACAAUCACAAAAGAAUUUGGAUCUCAAAGAUACGGAUUCUGAAUUAAAACUUUAUGAGAAUAAAAUAAAAUGUCUAUCAAAUACAAAAGCAAAGUUGCAAGUUGAAAAUGAUGAAAUGAAAAAUAAAUUAAGUACAACAGAAAAAUUGCUUUCAAAUGCUAGAAGGGAAAUAAUUGAAUUAAAAUUAGCUCUGCAAGAUGCAACAUCUGAAACUAAAUCGUUAAAAGAUUGUGUUAGCAGAUUAAGUAGAGAACCUGAUAUUCAUGAGCAUACUUUAAUAAAUGAGGAUAUUGACUUGCCUCAUACUCUUGGUGAUACAAUUCACGAAGUGAGCAAUGAAGAUGACGAUGACAGCAUAAUUCAUGGUGAUCAUAUGCUACAUAAAACAUAUUCUAAAUACUCACAUGGGAGUACUAUUUGAUAGCUUUGUACAUUUAUAUGUUUGGUAUGUUAAACAAAUGAAAGGUAAAAAAGGAGAGUGUCUUCUGUACAUAAUAAAAAACACUAGUGAGAAUUAUUGAAAGAAUUUCUAAGAAUGUGUGAGAUGUGUGUAAAAACCAAAUAUAAUUAAAUCUAGCCUCUUACCCUAAUGAGUCUAGGUUUUUUAUAAUUUGGUGAUAAUUUAAACAGGGAAUUUUAA